AUGACUUCUCUUAGAGCAUCCAGAAUUAUUCCCAGUUUGACUAGGAAUUCUCUUAGACCAGUAUUUCGCAAAUCAACCCCCAUUCCUUUCCGAACGGUAGCUACUUACUGUCCUCCAACCCAAGCAAAAGCAAUAUCCGUCCUUCCCACGAAUGUCGAUCCCUCUUCUGAGGAAUAUACUCAAAAUGAAUCUCAAAUGAAACCUCUCCUCGAUCACCUCUCGUCUCUCACCGCUAAAAUACACUUGGGUGGUCCUCCUAAAGCACGUGAAAAGCAUAUUGCACGUAGGAAGAUGCUUCCCAGGAAUCGCAUUACUGCACUGAUAGAUCCGGGUACAUCAUUUCUGGAAUUGAGUGCAUUGGCGGGCCAUGAACUUUAUCCUGAGGCGGAUGUACCUGCUGGUGGGAUCAUUACGGGGGUGGGUGUUAUUGAGGGAGUGACUUGUAUCGUGGUUGCAAAUGAUAGUACGGUGAAAGGGGGGUCUUAUUAUCCAAUUACUGUGAAGAAACAUUUGAGGGCACAGGAGAUUGCUAAGGAGAAUAAUCUACCAUGUAUCUAUCUGGUAGAUUCAGGAGGAGCGAAUCUUCCACAUCAAGCAGAUGUCUUCCCAGAUCGAGAGCAUUUUGGUCGAAUUUUCUUCAACCAAGCAAGAAUGAGCUCAAUGGGAAUCCCACAGAUAGCUGUGGUUAUGGGUCCUUGUACAGCAGGUGGUGCUUAUGUACCCGCCAUGUCUGAUGAAAGUAUCAUUGUCGGCGAACAAGGUCAUAUCUUCCUAGCCGGUCCUCCCCUGGUCAAAGCCGCAACUGGCGAAAUUGUAACAGCUGAAGAACUCGGAGGAGGAAACAUGCACAGCUCCGUAUCUGGCGUAACAGACUAUCUCGCCGUCGACGACGCUCACGCAAUAGUUCUCGCUCGCCGCUCUGUUAGCAACCUCAAUUGGCCUUCCAAACCCUUUCCACCCCCAACAUCCUACACUGAGCCCCUCUACUCUCCCGAAGAACUAACCGGUAUCGCCACCACUAACCUCCGCAAACCUUUCCCCAUUCACGAAGUCAUCGCUCGCAUUGUAGACGGCAGCGUCUUCUCCGAAUUCAAACGCGACUACGGCUCCACCCUCGUCACAGGCUUCGCCCAUAUCUACGGUCACAAAGUAGGCAUCGUAGCCAACAACGGAAUCCUCUUCUCUACCUCUUCCCUCAAAGGUGCCCAUUUCAUUGAACUCUGCACUCAGCGUCAGAUCCCUCUCAUUUUCCUGCAAAACAUCAGUGGGUUCAUGGUAGGCACCGAUGCCGAGCGCGAAGGUAUUGCAAAAAAUGGCGCCAAACUCGUUACCGCAGUCGCAUGCGCCAACGUACCUAAAUUCACCGUAGUUGUCGGUGCCAGCAACGGUGCGGGUAAUUAUGGCAUGUGUGGUCGAGCAUAUAGUCCUCGAUUCUUGUGGAUGUGGCCAAAUGCACGGAUUGGAGUGAUGGGGAGUGAGCAAUUGACGGCGGUUAUGGAAACGGUUGGGAAGGCGGUGGAUCCGGAGUUGAGGGAUAGGAUUGAUAGGGAGAGCGAGGCCGUUUUCUCAAGUGCUAGAUUAUGGGACGAUGGAGUUAUCCCACCAAGUCAUACAAGAAAGGUAUUAGGACUGAGUUUGAUGGCUGCGUUGGGUGGGAAGAAUGAACCGAUAUCCAUCGAACGGAGCGAUAGCUCUGCUUCCAUCCUCGAGCAUUGCACUGAAGCCAUCGAGGACAUCAUCUCUCAAUGCAUUGAACCUUCCAAACCAGGAACUUAUGGAGGAAGCCUCACAUUCGAUAACGGAGAAACAUAUACAAUCAUCAACCAAUUGUAUCCUCGAGCACCUACCAUCUCCGGAAUUCUGGAGAACCGAGCUGUGCAAAAGCCCCCCAAAGCCCCUAAAGCUACCCAAGCACCACCUGCAAAGACUACUCCCAAAACAACCCCAAAAACGACCAAGGAACCCGCAACUACAAGUCUGAAAACUACGCAGACUACACCAAAACCAAUCGAGACUCCAAAAACCACGGGUCCAAAAACCACACAAACUACCCCCACUACAUCGAAAUCAUCAACUGCCAAGACGAGUUCAGCUUCAGAGACCCCCAAAACAAUCUUACCAUCCACCAGUUCAAAAGCUAAGGAUAUUGAACCUACGACUUUGAAAUUCUCAAGUUCCAGUAGUAUUUUAUCAAGAAUAACUUCUCUAUCUAGCUCUUCUAGCCUUUCUUCCACAACGAGUUCCACUAAAGAAAGUACUACGAGCACCAGCACGAUCUCUAAAUCAUCAAUCCCAACUUCAUCUCCAUCGAGCCUCUCUUCCACUACGAGUUCAACAGAAGAAAGUAGUACAAGUACUCACUCAGCCUCUACAUCUUCGGUUUCAACGGAAUCCUCAUCGUCAAUUUCCUCAACUAAUGUUUCUUCCGUCAACAGUCCUUCAACUACCCCUAUCGGCUCCACUCCGAUGAAGUCAAUUACAACCUCGAGCAAUACUCAAGAGUCGACUUCAAUUCUCCAUUCGAGCCUCGCUAUAUUAUCCCAAUCCCCACCACCAAGCAGUAUUGCACAAUCCAGCCCAUCGAGUAAACUCGUUACUCCGACAUCAGAAGCAUCCCUCCAAAUUGUGGAGUUGUCCAGUGCUCACUCGGUGUCCAGUGUGAUUGAACCUACCCCACUGAAAAUUUCAUCGCAAAUAAGUACCUCAGCGACUAAAAUCUCCAUUUCUGACACUCGAACUGGUGCUAUAUCGAGUGGUUCCAUCUCGGGUAAGACCGAAUCGAGUUCUGUAUUGAGUAAAUCAAAAUUAGAAUCAACUAAAAGCUCCAGUUCAAUGGCAUCUGCUGCAUCCAAUUCGGAUAGGUUUGAACUGAUACCGACACCGGCACUAGAACCAGCUACCUCUCCAGGACAAAGUAUUUCCAGCAGUGCCUCAACGAGUAGUCUCAUCUCAAACCCUUCUCUUACCUCCACUUCUGUUCCCAUUGCCACAGAAUCCAGACUCACCGGGACACCCGCUACCAGCCCAAUCUUGUCUGGAUCAUUGACUGGUUCUUCAACGUCAACUAGAAGUUCUAGUCCUAUUCCCGAAGUCACACCUGGGCCAUCUAUCACCAGUUCUUCGACUAUUGCUUCUCCAGUCUUCGCUAAAUCAUCAAGCCCCGCUGCUCUAUCUAGCACCGCCGAAGAGAGCAAUGUAAUUCCUGCCUCAUCAAUAACGCCCGGGGUCUCGAGCGCAUCUCUCAUAUCGUCAGCACAGCCCGAAAUCACCCCUUCUCCCCACGAACCAUCGAAAUCUGGAAUUUCUCCAUCAACUUCAGAUUCCGAGCCCACUUCCCAGGCAGUUUCUACCGGAUCCCUUACAUCUUCCAUGGAACCCGAGAUCACCCCCUCCCCUUCCGAUUUGCCUGCUUCUGAAACCAUCACUUCAUCUCCUUCCUCCUCAUCCUUCCCAACCGAACUUUCCCCAGCAGAAACCCCGGACAGCAGUCCAACGGACUCCACCCUCGUUUCUCCCACUUCAUUAGAUUAUUCACCCGCCUGUUCAGCCACAACAGGGAGCAACUGCUCCACAUGUUACCAAUACACCGGCUCCGGCGAUAUCUCCUCCCCUACCUCCAACUAUACCAAUCUUCCAUCCCGUGACUUGCCACCAUCGAUCGCCGGUCGAAUAUCUACCUCUCAAUUAAACCCAAAGCUGUCCAAGCGAGGCACGGAAUCAUUUACCUCUUUCGACCCUACUAGUUCGUGUGUUUUUGGCCAGGUGGAAAUUCCUUCUAUCCCAGAUCCAUCUAUUUUGGUCAGUAAAGCAGGUCCUCAAACACAAUACUGGUAUGUUUUGCAAGAUGUCGCCGUGAAUGGAACAACUUGUCCUGUGCUUGGUUUUACAAAGGUUUCGGAUGGAGCACUUGCUUCUCAUCUGAUAAAUCCAAAUGCGGUUGGAUAUACGAAGGCCGGAGCGGGAAUCGCCUGGAAAGCGGAUGCUCCUAUUGUUAAUGUAGAUCGUGUUUAUGAUUCAUCAAUUUUGCAAGGCUUUUUUGCAAGCACAGUUAAUGGCAACAAUUGUGCAGCUUUCAAGGCUAUUUUCGAUCAGCCGGAUGCUGAUAACGGAGGAAAAUCAAGGUUGCAGAAUAUUUGGAACCAACUUCCUAGCGAUACUAACCCCGACUAUGCUGGAAUGGAUCAAAAGAUAAGCACCAUCAAAGCAAACAUCUUUAGAGGCGACUUGCAGCAGAGUUAUACGAACAACGACGAAAAAUUGGCAUAUAUUUACGAAUUGGCCGUCGCAAUGGCCAUAACCAACAAUGAUGAUUUUGCCUCCCUUUUCCAAUACACAAAUCUUCGCAUCUACCAAGCACUACUUGGUAUUGAUGCAGUGAUUGGGGCUUCCAAUUCUACUCUCAUGCAUCCAGAUUGGGCACUCACCUACCGUGCCUACAUCACCAACCUCCUAACAGCCCGUUCCUCCGCCAUCCUCUCACAAGUCUCUGGUUAUCUCGACAAUGAUCUUGGACCUAGCGCUAGAAGCGAUAAUGUCACGCUUCCGGAUGGAAGUGCUUCGACAAUUGAAAAUUCCAUUGGAAAUGGUGUGGAUACGUUUUUGAAGGCGUAUUCUAUGCCUGAUGCUUUCACGUUCGAUCAGGAGAAGCUGUUGGGGUUUGCUGGAAUAAACGAGAGGAUCAACAGGAGAUUGGAUGAGGAGGGAUUGCGGGAGGUGUUGGAGUUUAUGAGGAAGGAGGGAAGGGUGGAGUGGAUUGGGAAUGGGAAUGGGAAGGGGGCAGAUGUAUGUUGGGUUUGGUGGAGGAAACCAGAGGAUUGGGCGAGGGUUAUUGAGGAAUGGGUUGAUGGGACAGGGCAGAGGGGGAGUGUGCUGACGCUUUAUGAGUUGGUUGAGGGGGAGGGGGGAAGGGUGCUGGUAUGUUAUUUCCAUGGCUUGGAUGCGGAAAUAUUACAAAAAGCAUUGGCAAUAUUGGUGAAGAAGGGAAAGGCGCAGAUCUUUGGACAGGAGGAUCAACAGGGUGUGAAAUUCUUCUGA